AUGCGUGGGAACCGCGGCCGUGCUGUCCCGGGAGCCCCGGCGGCCGCUGACCCCUUUCCUAUCCCGGUACUACCGGAAGGAGCGGACCCCGUUGCACUGACGCACUUCCUUCCCCGGCAGGAAGGGGCGGGUGCCCGCCCCCAGGCCGCGCAUGCGUCUUCCUCCUGGCGGCUCCGGAGCGCCUCGGCGGGCCGACUGCGCUCCCUGGUGAAAGUGCGCCUGCGCGGCCGCUGGGGCCCCUCGCCACCUCCGCGUCCCCUCCCGCGGGGGCUCCGGGCCGGCGGGACCAUGUUCACCAGCACCGGCUCCAGCGGGCUCUACAAGGCGCCUCUAUCCAAGAGUCUUCUGCUGGUGCCCGGUGCCCUGUCCCUUCUGCUGGCGCUCCUGCUGCCCCACUGCCAGCGGUUCUUCCUGUACGACCUCCGUGCCGUCAAGAACGACCUCCAGGUUUGGAGGCUGAUAUGCGGAAGGAUAAUUUGCCUGGACUUGAAGGAUACCUUCUGCAGUAGUCUUCUGAUUUACAACUUCAGAAUAUUUGAGAGAAGAUACGGGAGCAGGAAGUUUGCAUCCUUCCUGCUGGGUUCCUGGGUCCUGUCAGCCCUGUUUGACUUCAUCCUUGUGGAAGUUGUACAGCAUUCGUUUGAUGUCACUGUGGCCAGUAAUCUACCUUCUGGAUUGACUGGAAGAUGGGUCGGCAGGAUGAGGUACUACUGGAGCCCGUUUCAGUUCAGAGGAAAGAGUCAGACCAGAAUUUACAGCAUUCGUAAGCCAGAGAACAACGCUGGGAACUGGCUCGCUGUGAGUCCUGGGGCUGAAGGCCUGAUGGCAAGUGCCUUUGCCCACUUAGCCGUCUGGGCAGCCUCCUGGGGGCACAGGCCUUGUUGCCCCAGGGUUCCAUGAAGCUGCCUUUUGGUCACGCUGUCCAAGGUCUGCAGGGGGAACUGAGGCGCCAGCACCGAGCCACUGCAUUCCUGGGCAUCCACUAUAUGUGAAGGAAAGAAGCGACUACGUGGGAGCCCCGGCAAUACUUUAUGAGGGGGUGCAGGGACUUUGUGAGUUGAUAGGUCAACGUAGCAGAGCCUAGAGCUGCUUCACUCUACACACCAUGGAGGACUCGGGGUGUGGCUGAGUCAGAGGGCAUAGUGUGUGCCAGGCCCUGGCUUGCAUGCCGAGCACUGCACACAAGCACAGUGGGAUUGGCACAGGUUGGGAACUUUGAGUUUGCUGAAAGGCCAUCCUGGUGGACGCUUUGAUGUCUGAUCUGGAAGCUCUCAAGGAGGACUCCAUCCUUGUUUUAGACAAGGUGCUGCCCUGAUUCCCAGGCCGGCCGGCCUCUGCCUCCUGAGCGCCAUGCCUGGUAGACCCACCCUUUGGUAUAAGAAGUAGUCCUGUCAGUGUGUAGAGAGGCAGCAGAAGCCUUCAGGGGCCGUCGUAGCUGCGUGUGAGAGAGCUUGUUUUGUUGUUGAAGCCACAGCGUCUUUAGCUGUGGCCCUGCUGUAGCAGUGGAGCCUGUCCCACACAAGUGAGGUAGACUUCUGUGUGAAGGGUUUUCUUUGCUUGGUGUGGGCGUGAGUGUGUAUUUGGUAAUGAUACUGAAGGGAUGAAUCAUCUGCCAACUUAUUUUCUCUCCUCUGUGCCUCUAGCUCACAGCUUCAGGUAAGGCUCAGGCAAGUCAGCUGUUGACAGAAUGUGAAAGGUCGGUGUGAAAGAUUGCUGCUAGUGUAAAGAGCAGCUGUUGUCAGAAAAUAAGGAAAAGGGAAAAACUGGUCAGGACUAACAACAUUGUGGGAUGUUGUGAAGCCUUGUGUAUAUAGAAAUAGCAACACACAAUUCCGGCAAAACAACCCAGACAGUCCUUUAAAAUGUGUGCCUUUGCACGGCUCCUGCAUGUGGUCUGGUAUUUAGUCACCAUUUGAAAUGAUACAACGAUUAAGGAAUUUUUACACUUCUUUUCUUGCUGGAUAAGAUAGAAGCUGUGGCCACUGAAAUUACAGCCGUUUUCUUUUCUGGGAGGGUAGGGUUUAUGUUAAAAUGUCACCUCUGGCAAGAACUGUGCUUCAGGCUGUUAAUAGCAUCUUCAUGCUCGUUUGUUGUUAGGUGUAAGCAGAAGAGCCCCUGAGAACUGAGAACCCAGAGGUGAGCUUUUGGGGAGAGAGGGCAAAGGAGCACCAGUGCAACUAUAACAAAGCAAGGCUGGAUUUACCUUUAUUAUUUUAUAGUGUUCAAGAUUUACCUUUAUUAUUUUAUAGUGUAUGUGUGAGAGAGAGACAGACACACAGAGAGAGAUUGAAAGACAGGUGAAAGAGAAAGGAGAGAGAGGUGAAAGAGAGAGUGCCACGUAAGUACAAGUGGCCAUGGAAGCCAGAAGCAGGUGUGUGUCCUUCGGAGUUGGCGUUGGAGCAGUGUGAGCUGGUGUGGUGCUGGCUCAGGCCCUGGAUAAGCAGCCAGCACUCCUGGUGCAGAGCCCGCGCUCUGUCCCCUGCGAGUUAGGACUUCUCAGAGAAUACCAGGCCAUUGUUUGGUUCUGUGUGUUGGGUUUUUUUUUUUUUUUUUGG